AUGUCUUCGCAACUUUUAGAACGGAAGGGGCCUCGAGAUGGAAUUUCCUUUACACGUGAACAAGCGGAGAGUUUAAUUCGAACACAUUUACACGAAACAAUAACUUCAUUUGAAUGUGUCGAUAUUGGCUACAAUAAUCUGCUUUUCUUCAUCAAGACAACUGAAAAUCGACAAGAAUACGCACUGAAAAUUGGCGGUCGAUAUUGGAUUCGAAUAAAAACAGAAGCAGAAGUUCGAGCUUUACAAUUACUACAUGAAUAUACAACUAUUCCAGUGCCAAAAGUGCUGGCGUAUUCAUCGGAUCGAAAUAAUGAAUUCGGUGUCGAAUGGAUCUUGAUGACACGAUUACCUGGACAAAAUUUAGGAGAUGUUUGUAGUAGGCAAACGUUAACUACGAACACAAAGAAGAUCCUUAUUCGAGACCUAGCUGACUAUGUCGCGCAAAUGCACUUCAAAGUUCCACGUUACAAUCAAAUUGGUGCUUUCACACUCGAUGGACGUAUCGGUACAGAUCUGAAUAAACUCGGACCUUGGUCAACCUACGAGCAGUUCAUUCGUACUCGAGCUCAGUCAGAGCGAUCUGUAUUGAAUACAAAUCCUGUCUUCGCACCAAUUAAAGACGCAAUGCUCGAUGCAAUCGAGCGAUUCGAGCGAUUACCGUUUCCAUCAUUUGAUCAUUUACCGUUUGUCUUUUCACAUGGCGAUUUAGAUUUUCACAAUAUUCUAGUAUGUAUGGAUGAUCCUGAUUCUCCACGUAUCACCGGUAUUGUUGAUUGGGAAUGGGCCGGUUCAUUUCCAUGUUCGGAAGAAUAUUUUACUUCGUACAAUACUAUUAACGAUGACAAUGACAAAGAUAUUCAAGAGUUCUUCUUUGACGAAUUAGACAAACGAAACGUGUUGACACCACGAACGAUUCAACACUUUUCUCUAUUGAAAAAAUUCGACCGAUUCGUAACAAAUCUGGCGUCGUGGUAUCUGACUGACUUGACUAAUCCAGACGAUCCAGCAGUGAACAAAAGUUUACAAGAAUGUCGUAGUACGGUACAAUCAACACUUGAAGAGCUACAAAAUGAACUUUUGUAA